AUCUUGACAACUGUUUGUUUUUGAUUGGCUGAAAUUUUUCAGAGGAAAACGAAAAUCAUCGCUGACAUCGGUGUUUUACUUUGCUUGUUUCAUGUACGAUUAAAUUAAGCAUUUAAAAUAAUUAACAACAAUAAUAUAAGUUUUUAAUAAAAAACCAAGAUGGCUCGUCAUAGUAUAUUUAUAUUAAGUGCCUUACUGGUGCUGGUGGGAACUGUGAAAGCCGACAGUGAGAACACGGACGACGGUGUUACCGUUGAGACUGAGGAGGAAGACCAGUAUAGCAGUCCUCAAAUAAGUGGAAAAGGUGUCUACCUAGCAGAGCACUUCGAUAAUGAGAAUGCAUUCAAAAAACAGUGGGUGAAAUCAGAAGCAAAGAAACAGGGUGUAGACGAAAAUAUUGCCAAAUAUGAUGGUAAAUGGGAGAUCCAAGCACCAUCAAGGAAAAUCCUUAAGAAUGACUUAGGUUUAGUGUUAACUACAGAAGCUAAACAUGCUGCCAUAUCAACAUUAUUGGAUAAGCCUUUUGAGUUCACAGACAAACCACUUAUAGUCCAAUAUGAAGUCACCAUGCAGGAAGGUCAAAACUGUGGAGGUGCUUACAUCAAACUUCUAUCGAGAGGCACCAACACGAAGGCGGACUUGCGCAAGUUCCACGACCAAACGCCUUAUACCGUGAUGUUCGGACCCGACAAGUGUGGCAACGACAACAAACUACAUUUUAUAUUCAGACACAAAAAUCCCAAGAAUGGCACUAUUGAAGAAAAACACAGCAAGAAACCCACUCAACGUCUAGAAGACAUUUACAAAGAUAAGGAGCCUCAUCUCUACACGCUGGUCGUGCGUCCGGACAACACGUUCACGAUUCUAAUUGACAAUAAGGAAGUGAACUCCGGAUCCCUGCUUGAGGACUUCACCCCACCAGUCAACCCGCCAGAGGAAAUUGAUGACCCCAACGACAAGAAGCCUGAUGAUUGGGACGAGAGGGAAAAGAUAAUAGAUCCAACGGCGACUAAGCCCGAUGACUGGGACGAGGAUGCGCCCGCGCAGAUUGUGGACCCCAACGCUGUCAAACCAGACGGAUGGCUGGAUGAUGAACCUGAAAUGAUCCCCGACCCGGACGCGAAGAAGCCAUCGGACUGGGACGAGGAGAUGGACGGCGAAUGGGAGGCGCCCCUCAUCGACAACCCGGCCUGCGCUGCGGCCCCCGGUUGCGGCUCUUGGACUCCACCAACCAUUCCCAACCCCAACUACAAGGGCAUUUGGCGCGCACCGCUGAUCCCGAACCCCAACUACAAGGGCAAGUGGACUCCUCGCAGGAUACCCAAUCCUAACUACUUCAAAGAUGAUCACCCAUUCAGAAUGACGCCCAUUCACGCGGUCGGUUUUGAAUUAUGGUCGAUGUCCCCUCUCCUGCUGUUCGACAACCUCAUCGUGACCGACGACGAGGCCCUCGCAGAACAGUGGGCGCAGCAGACCUUCGUGCUGAAACGCGCCAAGAUAUCCAGGGACUCUAAAACGUUAUGGGGCCGCAUGCUCCGCGCCAUGAACUACAAGCCGGGCUGGUGGGCUCUAUACGGAGUAUACUGUGCCAUCCCCAUAUCUAUAUACGUGGCUUACCUCGUCAAACGGGCCAGAGAGGACUCUGAUGCGGAUAUUAAAAAGACUGAUGCUGUGAUGGAGGAUGACCCCCAUCAGUCGGAGGGAGAAGGGGAAGGAGCCGAGGAGGAACCUCAGGAAAAGGCCAGCAAGGCCGACCUGGAGGGACCGGAGACUCAGCCGGACUCCGCUACUGAGGCAGAGACGACGCCUCUGGUGGACACAGAGGGCGCCGGCGACGGCCAGAGGAAACGGAAGCCCCGUAAAGAGUAGGCUCCCACGUAUAUAGUUGUAUAGGGAGAGUGCGAAGUAGGUUCAAACCAGAGCAAUCUCUUCAGUUGGUUACUCCCGUCCGUUGUAUGUAACCAUGCCUGGAGCUAUUUCAUAUUUAUUAUAACACUGAAUUGAUGUUAAAUUACCCCUGUAUAGAAACUAGCGUCAUCUAGUGUAAGUAAUACUACUGUUCUAAGAUUAAAGUUGGUCUGAAAUGUUAACUCUUGCAUUGAAAACGUUAUAAUUUUAAACUGAUCUUUUUUCAUUAUAAAAAAGAACAUUUUAUUUGCAUUCUUUUUAUAUGGGAAAAGCGUUUACGCUGAUUAUUUAUGUGCAGUUUUUUUAACUGCACUUAGGCUUUGGUGAUGUCUUAAGAGGGACGCUGCUUCUCAUCCCUUGACCAUUAAGUUUCCUUAGUCGCUCUUUACUAGAAUCACGGAAAAAGGAAGAAUUGACCCAUUCUAUGCCGGGAUGAUUUCCACCAAAGGACUCGCAUUACAUCGGAUCGGAUACGAAUGGAUGCGGCGACAGCCGAUCGUGUCCGGCAGGAUGUCAAUGCAUACGAUCGACUCCGUAUCGUCGCUUUUGGACAUAUCCGUUUCGGAGCCUAGUCAAACAGUUGUAUUCCUACCGUGUUGACGGAUUCUAUUUUUUGAAAAUGGUUGAAGUUGACGUAGUAUUGUUGGUUCAUUAACUAAUUAAUUAAAGAAUCAUAAAACACAAGAGGUAAAGAAAAAGAGUGAUCCCGCCCGGCUACGGCUUUGAGCGUACGCAACGGCAGACGAAUGGAGCCGAUCGCGCGUCGCAGCAUACUUUCAGUUACGAUCGCGUGUUGUGGAAGACAUCCGUGGUCGUGGUUUGGUAAUAUAGACUUUAAAUACAGUGCACACGAUUUAAUAUCGUUUAAAGAUUAAAAAUACGAUCUGAUGGUGGAAAUAAUCCCUAAUAUUUAUCAUAAUGGGUUUUGUCCCUUAUAAUCAGUUUUAACAAGCAUACAUAGAGUCUUAGGUCAACAGUAGAUAAGCGUCGUACAGGUUAACUAUUAACAAACUAAACUGUAUAUAAUAAGGACAUUUAUGAUCGUGUACGGGGGUAAUUUAUCAUAAUAUGAGUAUAGUCAAGUUUAAGUUUCUUAUUAUUAUUUUUAAUUUAAAUUUUAUAAUUAUUUCACUGACCCCAAAUAAUUGGGAUGAGGGCAGGAGGAUUAUUAUUAUUCAAUUUGAUUCAACAUUUAAAUACUUAUAGAUUGACAGUUACGUUUUGUUAUUAAGAUGUUAGUUAUCUCCCUUUUGGUUCUUUAUUGUAAAAGGCAUGAUGGCCAUAUAAAUAUAUGCUUUCAGCAAUGUGCAACAGGCAUGGCACGUAAUCGGCGAAGUAAUGAACGCAGCACAUUUUGGUUUGCAUUUUCAAAGUAUUUAGACGCGGUCUGCUUUAAAGUUCUUUUGUUUCAUGCACAUUGCAUUCUGUAGGCUAGUUGUAUCAGAUUAUUUAUUACUAUUACUCUUCUAUUUGUUAGUAU